CAUUCGAAGACAGAAUUGACAAAAAGAAAGAAAGAAACACUACCCGCGAUUUCAAUUCCGGGCAAUUGCCUGCGGUUCUUCAACCUCCUGAUAUUUUUCCCCAGGAGAAGCUUGUGGACAAACUGAGUUUUCGUAGCUAUAGUAUCCAGUGCUGCAAGAUUUACAGGAUUUUGGAUUUGGAGGAGAAAGAUGUGGGGAUUUGGAGGCAGAUAUUAUUGGGGAAGAAGAGAGCGAGUCGGGAAAGUCGAAGGGAUCGUAGUGGCGUUCGCAUGGAGGUCUUGCCAGGAGAGGCACUUGAAAAGAUAUGUGGAGCUGUAUUCCUCUCUGGGCUGGAAUUCACUUGUUUGCCAUUCUGAGUUCUUCCCUGAUAAGGCUGCAUCGCUGGCAUUUGACAUUCUUGAAGUAUUAGUUGAGGAGCUAAAGAUAAAGAGAUGCCCCAUAGUACUUGCAUCAUUUUCUGGUGGACCUAAAGCAUGCAUGUAUAAGGUUCUUCAGAUAAUUGAGGGAUACCAUGAACUGCAGCAACAUAGUCUGGAUGGUUAUCAACUGGUCAGGGACUGUAUUGCUGGAUAUAUUUAUGAUUCCAGUCCAGUUGAUUUUACCAGUGACUUGGGAACUCGAUUUUUUCUUCAUCCGACUAUGCUGAAAGCAUCCCGGCCGCCUAGAAUAGUAUCAUGGGCAGCAAAUAGCUUGGCUUCCGGUCUUGAUGUGCUCUUCCUCAACAGAUUUGAAUCACAACGUGCAGAAUAUUGGCAAACUCUAUAUGCCUCUGUUAGGAUGAAAGCUCCUUAUCUUAUUUUGUGCUCGGAAGGUGAUGAUCUUGCUCCCUAUGAGACAAUCUUCAAUUUUGCUCAACGACUACAAGACCUUGGGGGAGAUGUUAAAUUAAUCAAAUGGAAUGGCUCCGCACAUGUAGGGCAUUAUCUGCAUUUUCCGAUUGAAUAUGGAGCGUCUGUCUCAGAGUUGCUUAGUAAGGCUGCUGGAAUUUACUGUCAAAGGAUUAGACCCGAUGAAGUAGUAACAGUAGAUAAAAUGAAUCGUGACUCUUGCAAGACAACUCCCGACGUUAGAAAAGCUGCAGCUCCAUCAAGUAGUUUUCAGGGGUCUGCUCUUGCUCCGAGUGAUGACCACCUUUUCUUCUCCAGCAUGGCAGAUGGCUUCGAAUACAGGGUUGUUGGUUCCACGCACGAUGAACACAAGGAAGGAGUAAUGCGGCUAUCUAAUUCACCGAGUUCCAUUCCCCGUGGAGUUCUUGGUAAAAUCCUCUACGACGUUUGUGUUCCAAAGAACGUCGAGGAUUGGGAUAUCGGAUCAUCAAACUCUUCAAAUGGUGUCUUGCGCGCACAUAGAAGACGGCAUUCCUCAUUCAACCCGAUCAAAAUGAUGCGUCGCUCGAGAUUGUAGCCAUUCAUCACCGGAAAAGGCCAGCCGGAAGUCAUUCCAUCGAAUGCACAUCUUGCUUAGGAACACGACCCCUAGCAGAAAGGCAGAGACUUCGAAUGUGCUGGUUAGUUCGAAACUUUGCCUCUAGGGGGACCUUUGGAGCAAGGAAAAAUGCCAAUGUAGAGUAGAGUCGCACUACAGCGUCCUUGAAAAUCUGUAAAUGAAUGAGGAAAGUAAGUAAUUAGUGAUGUGAGAGCUCUUCAAAUUCAAUAAAUUGUACGAAACUGCCAUUUAAAAGCUUGAAAUAAAAUGGUGGAUAUAUUAUUAUUACUA